UGGGACGAUGACGAGUGAAUGACAGCUAACGGUGCUAGAUAAAGUGUGGUGAUUUCUGCGAUAGUUCAGACGAUGCCAAAACACUCGUGGGAAGUCCCUAACCGGCCUAUGCAUUUAACACUGGUCGAGCUCAGGUUCAUUUAUCGCAUUUUGUUGUCACGAGUCUUCUUCCAUAUCCAAAGCUGAAAUUGCCACCGUUGGAAUUGCUGUUGGAGUCAUUUUCUGAAAUUCGAGAAGUAGAAGAAGCACGUUUAGACCGCCGUAAUAUGACAAAAGAAGCCUCUGAAGCAUUAGGUUUUGUUCCUCAGAAAGACAUUGUUUACAACAAACUUCUUCCUUAUGCAGAGAAAUUGGACGCAGAGUCUAAUGAAAUAUUGGCACAAAUCAAAGGAAACCUUGGCCGGGCCGUUCAGAUUAGGGAAUUAUGGCCAGGUGUAUUGUUUUGGACGAGGAAACUUUCCACCUACAUCCGCCUGUAUGGCAGGAAGUUCAGCAAAGAGGACCAUGUGCUGUUCAUCAAGCUCUUGUUCGAGCUGGUGACCCUUCCCAAGCUGGAGAUCACCAUCAUGCAGGGCUUUGCCAGACUCCUCAUCAGCCUGCUUAAAAAGAAGGAGCUGCUCUCCAGAGAUGAUCUAGAAUUACCAUGGAGACCAUUGUAUGAGUUACAGGACAGGAUCCUGUACUCAAAAACAGAACAUCUUGGUCUAAACUGGUUCCCCAGUUCUCUCCGGCCGCACUCAUCUUCUAAGCACAUAAUCAUAAAAAUUGCUCAGAGAUGCUCGAUGGAGGGUGUGCUGAAGGCUUUAGUGAAGAACUGCAGACCAUAUUUCCCUGAAUCAGCCACUCAGGAGAUGCUGGAUGAGUGGAGGCCUCUGCUGUGUCCAUUUGACGCAACGAUGCAAAGAGCCAUCGGCUACUUUGAGCUCUUCCUGCCUACCACACUGCCUCCCCACCUUCACCUCAAAGGCUUCAGACUGUGGUUUGAUGACCUGAUAAGCUUGUGGGUAUCUGUGCAGAAUCUCCCCGGAUGGGAAAUGCAUCUUGUCAGUCUAUUUGCUCGACUGGCCAAUGACAACAUUGGUUACAUAGACUGGGAUCCCUAUAUACCCAAGAUCUUCACGAGGAUCCUAAGGAGUCUGAACCUCCCAGUGGGCUCUAACCAGACACUUGUUUCCCGAUACCAGACCAAUGCCUAUGACAUCACUUAUGUUGUCACUUGGGUUACAGCACUUCUGGGAGGGCCUAGCAAGAAAGCACAGACUCAGCUGACUGGCCUUUUCAACAGUAUUACCUCUUUCUAUCAUCCAUCUAACCAUGGGCGAUGGCUGAUGAAGCUGAUGAAACUCCUGCAGCGACUGCCUGCCUGCGUGGUGCGACGGCUGCACCGUGAACGCUACCGCAAGGCCACGUGGCUAGAGCCUGUCCCCGAGAGCCACCGGCUCAGCGAGCAGGACAUCACUGAAUUUGUGGCUAGCAUGAAGCAGCCCGUCAUACUUGCCAUGUUCAGCAAGACAGGCAGUCUGGAUGCAGCGCAGGCCCUGCAGAACCUGGCUCUGCUAAGGCCCGAACUCGUCAUACCCCCGGUGCUGGAGAGGACAUAUCCAGCCCUGGAGACAUUGACAGAGCCACACCAACUUACGGCCACUCUGAGCUGCAUGAUCGCCGUGGCCCGGAGCCUGGUGGCGGAGGGCCAGCGUUUUCCUGAGGGGCCCACACACAUGCUGCCCCUGCUCAUGAGGGCACUGCCUGGUGUCGACCCCAACGAUUUCAGCAAGUGCAUGAUAACAUUCCAGUUUAUAGCAACAUUCACGACUCUGGUACCUUUGGUGGACUGCUCAUCUGCACUUACAGAAAGAAAUGACCUGACCCAGGUGGAGAAGGAGUUGUGCUCAGCCUCAGCAGAGUUUGAGGAUUUUGUUCUCCAGUUCAUGGAUAGGUGUUUUGCGCUGAUAGAAAACAGCACUUUGGAACAGACCCGGGAGGAGAUGGAGACAGAGAAGACCCAUGUGGAAAGCCUGAUGGAGCUGGGCCUUUCCUCCACCUUCAGCACCAUCCUCACUCAGUGCUCCAUGAAGAUAUUUCUGGUGGCCUUGCAAAAGGUGUUCAUCUUUGCCACCACUAAUAUCUUUGAGACUCGAGUGGCGGGGAGAAUGGUGGCGGACAUGUGCCGUGCAGCUGCUAAGUGUCACCCAGAAGAGUCUCUCAGGCUUUUUGUACCACACUGCUGCAAUACUGUAAUGCAGAUCACAGCCAAUGAGGAGGUGUUGAAUGAAGAGGAGUUAGAUAAGGAGCUGCUUUGGAACAUGCAGCUGUUGUCUGAGGUCAUCCGCGUGGAUGGGGAUAAGCUCUUGCCCUACAGUAACCAGCUGGUGCACAUCCUCCAUCUGACUCUGCAUCUGAAGUGCAAGCAGGGUUAUGGCCUGGCCUGCGAUCUGCUGCACAACACACUGCGCUCCAUGGCCCUCAUCUACCCCACCGAGUACUGCAGCAUGCCUGGUGGCUUCCUGCAGACCAGCCACAAGCAUCUUCCCAUCAAGGACUGGGGCCGGCCAGGGGACCUGUGGAACCUAGCCAUCCAGUGGCACGUGCCGAGUGAGGAGGAGAAGGCCUUCGUGUUCAGCACUCUAGACCAGCUGCUACAGCCCGAGCUGGAGCGCAUGCAGAGGCAUGUCCGUGCUGAGCAGGAGAUGAGCAGGGAUGAUGUUCUGCGGAGUCUUUCCAUUGUGCAUCACUGCCUGCUGGGAGCUGGCAGCUUUCUGCCUCCUCUACAUGGAGAAGUAGUGCCAGAUCUAGUUCACAGUAUGGUACAACUUUAUGAGACAAAUCUGUAUACUGGUGUGGACUAUGAUUUGUCCAAACAGAACUACAGGGAGGCCAUCUGUACAGUGAUAAGACAGCUGCUACAUCACGUCCUCGAUCACUCUGAGGACAAUAUCAAAUCACUAUUUUCCAUCAUCAAGAUCAUAAAUGACCUCUUGCACUUCAGAGGUUCACAAAAGCAUGAGUUUGAUUCACGGUGGAAGAGCUUCAGUCUGGUCAAGAAAUCCAUGGAGAACAAGCUGUAUGGCAGCAAACAGCACAUUCGAGCACUGCUCAUCGAGAGAGUCAUGCUACAACACGAGCUAAGGAAUUUGACAGUAGAGGGCUGUGAAUACCACAAUGUACACCAGGAUCUCAUAAAAGACUUGCUCCUACUGUCUACCAGCACUUACAGUCAGGUGAGGAGUAAAGCUCAGAGUGUGCUCUUCAGCGCUUUGGGAGUCUAUACUUUCUGCUGCCGAGACAUUUUGCCCCGAGUGCUGGAGUUCCUGGACACCAGUCGCACUGACAUCACACCGCAUCAGUUCAAGGGUGCCUUGUACUGCAUGCUGGGUAAUCAUGUCGGCCUGUGUCUGGCCAACCUUCAGUACUGGGAGUGCAUAGGCCAGACGUGGCCUGCCAUCGUGCGUUCCUGCCUCAGCCCUGCCAUGUCCCUGGAGAAGCCGUCGGUUGGGCGACUCUUUGAUGAACUUGCUGAUAAGGUCCACCGCCAGUACGAGACCAUUGGCUUCGACUUCUCUAUCCCUCAGAGCUGUCUGGACGUGGCCAUGAAGAUUCUAAACUCAGCUAAGCCAGAGCCGAGUGUGGGUGUGGCCAACGAGGAGGAGGAGUUAGAGGGCAUCCGGAGACAACAGGAGAAGAACAGAGACUCAGUGCAGAGAUAUGAGAAGUUAGUUGAGGAUCUUUUGGACUGCAUUAGUGACCGAAAUAUACCUUGGAAGUUUGAGCACAUUGCUAUUGGCUUCCUUUCCCUUAUGCUUAGAGAUGACCACAUAGUCCCUACUCGGGCAGUCCGCUUUUUUGUAAAGAGCCUCAACCACGACUCCAUCUUGGUCCGCAAGGUUGCAAUAUCAGCUCUAGGUGGCAUCUUAAAACAAUUAAAGAGACCACAUGAAAAGGUGCUGGUUAAUCCAUAUGAUAUCUCAGAGCUCAAAGCCUCUCUUGAAUCAUGCUGUUAUACACAGGCUGAUCCAUUGGUGUCAGGAGACAGACCAGAAAACCAGUGGCUCCGGUAUGACAGCACCAGACUCCCACGCUCCCAGCAGGACUGGGACAAGUGCUGCUUCAUAGAGAAGACGCACUGGGGUUACUCCACCUGGCCUCGAAAACUCAUGCUGUAUGCUCCUCCUGAAGAGCAGCCCAAACAAGGCAAAACAAGAGAGGAGAUGACAGGGAGGGAGCAGAUCAUCUAUGAUCAUUUUACUGACCCCAUCUUCAUCAACCAGCUCCUCCAGUAUCUCUCUCUGGAGGAGCGAAAGGGUAAAGACAAGUUCAGCUCCUGCCGCUUCUACCUCUUCAAGGGGCUUUUCCGUAACUUUGGCGAUGCCCUACUGCCGGGGCUGAAAGCCCACAUGGAGCGGCUGGUGGCAGACACACAUGAGAGCAGACAGCGCUGUGUAGCUGAGAUCAUCUCAGGCCUUAUCAGGGGCUCCAAACACUGGAGCUACAGCAAGGUCGAGACCCUGUGGGCUUGGCUGUGCCCUCUCCUCCGUACUGCGCUUUUCAACAUCACCAUAGAAACCUACGCUGACUGGGGCACCUGCAUCGCCAUGGCCUGUGAGAGCAGGGACCCACGCAAACUGCACUGGCUGUUUGAGAUGCUCAUGGAGUCCCCCGUCAAUGGAGAGGGAGGCUCGUUUGUUGAUGCUUGUCAUUUAUAUGUACUGCAGGGAGGCCUUGCCCAGCAGGAGUGGAGAGUUCCAGAACUGCUCCACAGACUCCUGCAGUACCUUGAACCCAAACUGACACAGGUCUACAAGAAUGUCCGAGAACGUAUCGGCAGCGUGCUCACUUACAUCUUCAUCAUUGACACGAAGCUGCCGCGCACGCAGCCCACCACCUCGCCUCGUGUCGCUGACUUCACCGCGCGCAUGCUCGCCCGCCUCCGUCCGCUGCGGGAGGCUGAGGGUGAGAUUCAGAACCACGUGCUGGAUGGCUGCACUGAGGAACAGGACGAGAGGACCCAAGCCAUCAAGCUGCUCAAAACUGUACUGAAGUGGCUGAUGACCAGUGCAGGACGCUCUUUCUCUUCUGCCCUCUCAGAGCAGCUCCAGCUCUUGCCUCUUCUCUUCAAAAUCGCUCCAGUGGAGAAUGAUGACAGUUACGAUGAGAUGAAGAGGGAUGCUAAGACGUGCCUAUCUCUUAUGGCUCAGGGGCUGCUAUGCCCAGACCAGAUACCCCAGGUCCUCAGCACUCUGCGGGAGAUCUCCAAGAGCAGCUCAUGGCAUGGCCGCUUCACAGUGCUCACCUACCUGCAGAUCAUGGUGUUCUACAACCUGUUCCUCUUCCUCAGUGACACAAAGGCCAUCAGAGACAUACGAGAGCUGGUCUUAGAGCUGCUGGAGGAUGAGCAGCUUGAGGUGAGGGAGAUGGCUGCCACCACCCUGAGUGGGUUCCUGCAGUGUAAUUUCCUCUCCAUGGAUAAGCACAUGCAGGCGCAUUUUGAGGCCCUCAGCAAGAUACGGCUGCCCACACGCAGGAAGAGGGAGCUGGAUUCAGUCGUGGACACCAUACCCUCUGCUGAUCUAGUGCGGCGUCAUGCUGGGGUGCUCGGCCUGAGUGCCUGUGUUCUAUCCAGCCCAUAUGACGUGCCCACGUGGAUGCCCCAGAUCCUCAUAGAGCUCAGUGCCCACCUGAACGACUCACAGCCCAUUGAGAUGACGGUGAAGAAGACCCUGUCUGACUUCCGUCGCACUCAUCAUGAUAACUGGCAGCAGCACAAGCAACAGUUCACUGACGACCAGCUUCUGGUGCUCACAGACCUGCUGGUCUCUCCAUGCUACUACGCCUAAACUGAGAACAUCUGGAUUUUCCUUUUCAGAAUGGCAGCUUGUUUGAAUGUUCUCAUGUUAAAGGACAAGUAUAAGCUGCAUAUAGGCUGACCACGUUCACUCCAACUUGAAGAGGAAAGGGAUGCUAGACGACAAGCUUUUAACUGUGUUUAUAUAUCAAAAGUUCUUUCACUGAUAUUCUUAAUAUUUAAGGUUUAACCAUUAGCAGGGAUGACUGUCCUGCAAUAUGUAAUAUUUCUGUACAGUUUCAUUUUCUGCUUAUGGGAGUGUGCAAUGGAGAAAUAAUUUUGAGUUGUUAGUAUGGACCAUCUGAGUCUUAUUUGCUGCAGCUUUCUGCACUUCUCUGCACAGAAUUCACAAUUAAGUGUUAAUAAAUGCAGUCCAUAGGGACUUUAGGGACACACUAAGUCAAAAAAGGGAUUUUCUGAAAUCGUGUUCAGAAAUACAUUCACAUAUUUUUGCAGUGGCUCAUGCUCCUGUAUAUGACAUGAAAGGUACAAUCUGUAUUUAUUAAUUUUAUUUAUCUUGAAAUAUUUUUUCUAGGGAAGAACAGCUGCAUAAUAUGUUCUUGAUGAACAAGUUCUUCAGCUUGUUUUUGCAAUAAUAUGUUCAUUAGUACUUUUGACUGAAAGAGAAACUGUGUGUGUGUGUGUGUGUGUGUGUGUAUGUGUGUGUGAGAGCAAUGGGGAGGACAAAUAGAGUACCUUAUCUUAAUGCAGUGUCAUUAGCUUGGACAGUGUGUGUGCUGUGUGUUUGAGUGCAGUGUCACUAAAAUGGAUGCAGUGGCUAAAUACCCUUUUAAACCCAUUGCACUACCAGCCCUCACAUUUACGAACCCUCCUUACUGUCAUCUGUCUACAUGGUGCUUCUCAGUAGAUAGUACCACAGUGGACAUACUUUUUUUAAUCAUAUUUUAUGUCUCUGAGUGCCCUCAUGCUACUAUAAUAUCAGGUUGUGUUUGUAGACUGGGGGGGUCUUAAAGCCUCAGUCAUGAGGUUUUACUGAGUUGCAGUAUUUUUAAGGAGUAAAAAGUAAAUCUCACCUCCCAAAAGUAGCAAACAAUAUUUGUAAAGUUGUUGUUUAUUAUUUUUACUUUUUUUCUGUAAAGUACAGUUCACAUUAAAUUAAAUUGGUUUGUAGUCCUCAUAUGAACCACUUUAUUGCUCCUUAGAGCAGAUCCCCCACAUAGAGGUGCCCAUGUUUAAAAUAGAUAAAGUACAGAAUCUCUGAAACAUCCAGGCCACUAGGUGUCAGACUAAUGGCUGUUUCAUAAUGUGAACAAGAUUUUUUUUUUUUUUAAUGACUUAUUGCUCCUUUAAAUCGAUUAAUAUCCACAUACUCAGGACAAGCUAAACCCUUCAUAAAGAGAUAUUAUUCUGGAAUCUGUUUGGAACUAACAGGUUCAAGCUGGGAUUGCUUUUGUUACUGGUUUACUUUGAGAACCAUAAAAAGCCAAAUCUGCGGACGCUUCAAAUGCCUCAAAAAUACAUUGUGCUGACUGAGGCUUUAAGGCUGAUACACUUAAAAGAAACAAAUAAUUUUGUCUGUAAAGGGAGUCUUCAGUUCAGUCGCCCCAUCUAGAUGUCAAAUAGAUUAUUGGACACCAAUGGCAAAUAGUCCCAGCAGUCCCUUUGGGGACCCUUGUUUUAUCGUACCUGAAGAAGCUGUUGCUACGUUUACUCUCAGGCGAAACGUACACUGCCAUUGGAUCUUCGUUUUGAGAUUUUGUCCAGUGUCUGAUUUAUUUUUGUUUUUCGUAGAGAUGGCACGUACAGAUAUUCAGAGGAAAGCCAAACGCGCUGUUUGUUUAUAAUAAAGCAGAACGUGUUAAGCUUA